AAUUUAUUGGACAAAACUGUACAUUGCCAGAGUAGCGCGCAUCUUGUUACUGACAUCAGAGAGAGGGAGAGAGAGAGAGAGAGAGAGAGAGAGAGAGAAGGCAGACCGGUCCCUUCUUGCAGGCGACAGAUGCAGCCUCUCCCACCUCGCCAGUCUCUUGCAUCCAUUCCUACGCUAAACGCGUCACUGCCAGUAAACGCGUUUGUUUGAUAUGUGGACCAGGCAAAUCAGGGCAGAAGAAUGAAAAUGCUUCGGUUUCGUAGUCCAAGCCUCCGCUCUCUGGAUCAAGAGAUCCAGGUCACGAUUCGGUUACUGGACGACUCUGAAAUCUCGUGCAGCAUCCAGAGAGAAACCAAGGGCCAGUUCCUGGUGGAUCAUGUGUGUAACCAUUACAGCCUCCUGGAGAAGGACUACUUUGGCAUCAGAUAUGUCGACCCAGAGAAGCAGAGGCACUGGCUGGAGCCCAAUAAACCCAUAGUGAAGCAGAUGAAGUCUCAGCAGCCCUACACAAUGUGCUUCCGGGUCAAAUUCUACCCUCACGAGCCAAUGAAGAUCAAAGAGGAGCUCACCAGGUAUCUACUCUAUCUGCAGCUGAAGAGGGACGUCUACCACGGGCGUCUCUUGUGCCCCUUCGCUGACGCAGCCUACCUGGGGGCCUGUAUUGUACAGGCUGAACUAGGGGACUAUGACCAAGACGAACACCCGCCAGACUACAUCCAAGACUUCAAACUGUUCCCCAAGCAGUCGCUUAAACUGGAGAGGAAGAUCAUCGAUAUUCACAAGAACGAGCUGAGGGGGCAGUGUUCUGCUGUGGCCGAGCUUCAUCUCCUCCAGAGGGCACACAACCUGGAGACAUACGGAGUGGACCCUCACCCCUGCAAAGACUUCACAGGAUCCACAGCCUUCCUGGGAUUUACAGCCACUGGGUUUGUGGUGUUCCAGGGAAACAAGCGAAUCCACCUGCUCAAAUGGGCUGAUGUCAACAAACUGAAGUUUGAGGGGAAAACAUUCUAUGUCAUUGGAAUUCAGAAAGAGAAGAAACUGGUGCUGACGUUCCACACCUCUACCCCAGCGGCGUGUAAACAUUUGUGGAAGUGUGGGGUGGAGAACCAAGCAUUUUACAAAUGUGCAAAGUCAAGCCAGAUCAAGACUGUGUCCAGCAGUAAUAUUUUCUUCAAGGGAAGCAGGUUUCGGUACAGUGGAAGAGUUGCAAAAGAAGUCAUCGAAGCCAGCUCCAAGAUCCAGAGAGAGCCACCAGAGGUGCAUAGGUUACACUUUGGGCAUAGCAGAAGCUUCAACUCACUGAGCCACAAAAACCUGAUCAUAAACAUGGAGCCUCUUGUCCCAGCACUGCCCUCCACCAAUGAGUAUGAAGAGACCUCGGCAGACAAUGGACUACUGGCUCUGAAGGACUCUGUUCACUUGUCCCCCCUGAAGCCAUCUACCACCCCCACGGAACGAGAGCUGGAGUGGCUGGAGGGCUCUGCUCUGGGGCAGCACAAGGAGGAGGAGGCCCCUACCAGGCCUGGGGGGGAGGCAGAGGGGCAGGAAGAGGAUGAGGAGGAAGAGGAGACGAGUGGAGUCCUGACCAUCUCUGAGUUGGUGUACAACCCCUGUGCCAGCAUGCUGCCCACGCCGGUGGACGACGGCCAGGGAGGGGUUGACCUGCUGUUCCAGAGCCCCAUCCAGAGCCCUGCUCGCCUGCUGAGAGAGCUACAUGCUGACCCUGACAUCCAGGCCCAGCUGGUGGCCGAGAGGGUGCGUGACCGUGCCUUCGAGCGUGCACGUGUGGUGGGGAGGAGCAUGUUAGGUAGCGGGCUCCGCCUCCUGACGAAGAAUGAGCGGGUGAACACGUGCGUGCUGAGCGCGGUCCGCCUCAUCGCCAUGGUGAUAGGGGUGCUGCUGGUUGCCGUACCGAUGCUGCUGCUGCUGCUGGAGUCGGACAUAGACGUGUCGUUUUUGCACGAGAUCAGGCAGACACCUGAGUUUGAGCAGUUCCACUACGAGUACUACUGCCCACUGCGCCGCUGGAUCCUCUGUAAGAUCAGCAUGGUCAUGGAGAGGCUGGGAUGGGACUGAAGAGGAGAGGAGACACGAGAGUGGAAAGAGAAAUGGAGGAGUAGGAAGAGGAGGAAAGUUGAGGGAGGGUUGCUUUCACUCUGUACCAUGUUUCUGUCUGCUCGCUCCUGAUGCUGACACGCUGAUGGGUAUUGGUUGUGAUUGGACAGUGAUUUUCUAGUAGGUACGAGACAAAUAUGUCUCUGGAGCUCAUUUGAUUGACUCUCCUCUUCAUAACAGAGUCAGUGGUUGAUCCCAGACACUGUCAGUAAUGGCGGAGUGGGCGGGACAGAGAGAGAACAUAGAUCUGAGAGCAACCCUAUAUCACUGGCAACAUAACAGAGUCAGUGAUUGAUCCCAGACACUGUCAGUAAUGGCGGAGUGGGCGGGACAGAGAGAGAACAUAGAUCUGAGAGCAACCCUAUAUCACUGGCAACAUAACAGAGUCAGUGAUUGAUCCCAGACACUGUCAGUAAUGGCGGAGUGGGCGGGACAGAGAGAGAACAUAGAUCUGAGAGCAACCCUAUAUCACUGGCAACAUAACAGCCACAGCCUACAGAUAGAUACACUACAUGACCAAAAGUAUGUGGACACCUGCUUGUCGAACAUUUCAUUCCAAAAUCAUGGGCAUUAAUAUGGAGUUGGUACCCCCUUUGCUGCUAUAACAGCCUCCACUCUUCUGGGAAAGCUUUCCACUAGAUGUUGGAACAUUGCUGUGGGGACUUGCUUCCAUUCAGCCACAAAAUCAUUAGUGAGGUUGGGCACUGAUGUUGGGCAAUUAAGCCUGGCUCACAGUCGGCGUUCCAAUUCAUCCCAAAGGUGUUAGAUGGGGUUGAGGUCAGGGCUCUGUGCAGGCCAGUCAAGUUCUUCCCCACCGAUCUUGACAAACCAUUUCUGUAUAGACUUCACUUCGUGCAUGGGGGCAUUGUCAUGCUGAAACAGGAAAGGGCCUUCCCAAAACUGUUGCCACAAAGUUGGAAGCACAGAAUCUUCUAGAAUGUCAUUGUAUGCUGCAGCAUUAAGAUUUCCUUUCACUUGAACUAAGGGGCCUAGUCCUACCCAUGAAAAACUUCCCCAGACCAUUAUUCCUCCUCCACCAAACUUUAGAGUUGGCACUAUGCAUUCGGGCAGGUAGCGUUCUCCUGGGAUCCGCCAAACCCAGAUUCGUCCGUCAGACUGCCAGAUGGUGAAGAGUGAUUCAUCACUCCAGAGUCGAAUGGCGGCAAGCUUUACACCACUUCAGCCGACGCUUGGCACUGUGCAUGGGGAUCUUAGGCUUGUCUGUGGAUGGAAACCCAUUUCAUGAAGCUCCCGACAAACAGUUAUUGUGCUGACGUUGCUUCCAGAGGCAGUUUGGAACUCGGUAGUGAGUGUUGCUAUGCGCGUCAGCACUCGGCGGUCCCGUUCUGUGAGCUUGUGUGGCCUACCACUUCGCGGCUGAGCCAUUGUUGCUUUUGUCCACUGUUUUGGCCAUUGUCCACUUCACAGUAGCAGCACUUACAGUUGACUGGGAAAGCUCUAGCAGGGCAGAAAUUUGAAGAAAUUACUUGUUGGAAAGGUGGCAUCCUAUGACAGUGCCACGUUGAAGGCCACUGAGCUCUUCAGUAAGGCCAUUCUACUGCCAAUGUUUGUCAAUGGACAUUGCAUGGUUAUGUAAUCGAUUGUAUACACCUGACAGCAACGGGUGUGGCUGAAAUAGCCCAAUCCACUCAUUUGAAGGGGUGUCCACAUACUUUUGUAUAUAUAGUGUAUAUAUGUAAAUUUACAAAAAAAAAUGAAUAUUGAUCUAAAUAAAUCUUUAAAGUUCUUUUUAAUGUUUUGUAAAAAAUAAAUGUGAUGCAAAGUAUUUCAGGAAUUUUUCAGUCAGAGGAUCUACUUACAAGUUUAUUGAAGCUAUGGGUUGGGGGUCAAAGUCAACUAUUUUUAAAGACUACUGUCACUCGACUUGACUGGUAGCACCAUGGGUUUUACUACAAAGAUAUAGCACAAUCUUUUACAACACAGAUUAACUGUUUCAGAUUCUCUGAUGUCAUUGGAGUCAGGUGGCACAGGUUUGGUUAACUGUCUGUUUGUGUUGAACUAAAUGUGAUAUUAUUGAAGGUUUCAGUCAGUCACCUGGCAAGUGGAUUUGAGAGUUUUAACAUAAAUAUGUGAUGUUAGCAACAGUAGAAUACAGUGCCUUUCGGAAAGUAUUCAGACCCCUUGACUUAUUCCACAUUUUGUGAGGUUACAGCCUUAUUCUAAAAUGGAUUAAAUUGUUUUUUUUCCCCUC